CACCCUUCCCACCUUCCCUGACAAUUACAACCAAACCAUCUAUAGUCGAGUAACGAGUUCGAUCCUCUCGUUCGUGUUUCUGUUAUUAGAUCACUACCACCAAUGAGGAAAAUAGUUCCUCACUAGUGAAAUAUGGUGUGAAUAAAAAAGUUUACCAACUACACCAAUGAGAAGAUGGAAAAGAGUUCACGAGGAUUCGGAAAAAAAACCGCGCGGCGUUCUGCCUCACAUAUUUUCUCACGCCUUGGCCCUUGUGCAGAAUGGGGACCACAUGUAUCAGUACCAGCAGGACUUUUAUCAUUUUGUUGCUGCAAGAAGACUAAAACGACGAGUACAAGAUAUUGCAUGUACCCAACAAACCUAAAACGCAACAUCUAAAGUUGAAUCAGUUUGUUUUUACUUUAAAUUGUACUUUUACAAUAGCUAUUUUUAGUCAGCAAUCAUUGUGGUGGGGUGUAAUGAACAGUAGAAGUUAGAGAGUGGUGAAUUUUUUUUUUAGUUUAUUGGUGGGAUAAAUUUUUGUACAUAAAUUUUAUUUGUGAGGAAAAUGAUAGGGAGGAGUAAGAAAGAGGUUGAGAGAGAGUGGUAAGCUUUUUUUUUCCCUCAUUGGUGAGAGUGCUCUUAGGAUUACACGAAUAUUGUAAAAAUAUAUUAUAUCGUGUUUUCAGGGAUAGGGACUCUGUUACUGUACCUUAUAAAGACUAAAGAGUCCUGAAGGGUAUGCAAAUUUCUUAGAAAACCCUGAAAUUUGCAAACUUUUUUCCCAAUUUCUGUUAAAAAUCAGAGCUUUUUCAUAUUGGUUGCGUUUAUUUUCUGUCGAUUUCAAUGGGGUGUUCAGCAUCGAGGCUCGAUACUCUUCUGGCAAAAGCCAUUGAAGACCCUUCUUUUUCUCUCUCCUCUCAUCAUUCUUCCUUUUCGUCUUCUUCUCCCUCAACAAACGCCGUUCCUUCUUCUUCUUCAACAUCGUGUUCUUCAACUUCUACUUAUGCAAAUUCUUCUGCAAUUUCAAAACCUCGUUCUCUUUCAACUCCGUUAGUUCACCACCCUGCGGUUCGAAAAGGCGAUACCCACCACCUUGUUUCGCUCACCUCCACCACUUACGGCUCUCUAAUCGUCGUCGACAACCACCCCACCUCCGUUGACGGUGGUGAUUUCUCCGGGAAGUCGUCGCCGGACUCUGUGAUCAACACAUGGGAACUUAUGGAAGGGCUUGAGGAGGAGGCAGAGGAGGGGUUUAAUCAUGAUUUUGGUAACGAUUUAAAGCUUAAGUCUUUGAAUUCUUGUGAUUUUGAUGAUGCCCAGAAAAAACCCACUUUGAGAUUAGGUUUAAAUUUAAGUGAUUCUGUGAAAAAAUUAAGUGACUCCUAUGUGUUUGUUGAAAUGCCUCAACGAAGAGUUGAGGAAGGGGAGUUGGAUUCUAACCUAAAUUCGAAACCUUUGUGGCAACUUUUGUCUGAGGAGUCACUCCUAUCUAAAAUGGACCCUAAUGUUGCUUCUAGCUAUCAAAGGGCAUUAUCAUCUCAAAGUUUGGGUUAUAAUUCAUCUAUGCGGAUGAAUAAGUCGGUGGAUUCGAGUCCGUUUACUCCUAAAGUCACCAAGUGUGUGGAUUCUAGUGCCGUGGUCUCGAAAUUAUGUGGUGAUGAUAGUGCUGGGAAGGUGGCUGGUUGUGAGGACAAAAUUGUGCUUUAUUAUACCAGUGUGAGAGGGAUUAGGAAGACUUAUGAAGAUUGUAGCGCGGUUCGAUUGAUACUUAGAGGGUGUAGGGUUAUGGUAGAUGAGAAAGAUAUUUCUAUGGAUUCAAAUUUUAAGAAGGAAUUACAAAGUGCACUUGGUGGAAAAGCAUUUAGUUUGCCUCAACUGUUUAUUAGAGGGAAGCAUGUAGGAGGUCCUGAUUAUGUCAAGCAGUUGCACGAAACCGGAGAGUUGGAGAGGCUUUUGGAUGGAUUUCCGAUUCAAGAUUGUGGGUUUGAAUGUGAGGGGUGUGGUGAUGCGAGGUUUAUUCCUUGCUCGAAUUGUUAUGGAAGCCGGAAGGUUUUUCAAGAAGAGGAAGGAAGAACUAGAAGGUGCCCUGACUGCAAUGAGAAUGGGUUAGUUCGUUGUCCUGGUUGUUGCUCGUGAAUGGUGAUUCUGCUUCAUUCAUUUUUACUACGAAACUUCCUCAGUUUCUUGGUAGUAAUCACUUCUUUUCACUAUAUUUUAAUGCCUAGGUCUGAAUUAUAUCCUUUAUUCUUUAUCUAUCAAUAUCUUUUGUCAUUGGAUGCAUUGCCACAUUGUUCAUUUUUCUCGUUGUGUAAAUUUGUAGCGAAGGCUAAUGAAUCAAUUCUCUAAGAUUCUCCAAUCUUUUAUCUCAA